AUGUCCACUUUUAGUGAUUCAGGCUUCGAAGAGGACCUCCAGAGCCCUUCACCGUCCAAACUCUUUAAAGCGCCGCAAACAAGAGAGCUGAAUGAGAGACUGACAGCUGACUGCCAGGAGAUGAACUACGACGAGAGCUGCUUCAUAAUUCAGAAAAACAACGAAAAGAAGUUCCUUGCUGUUAAUUGUUUGGCUUGUCAACCACAGAUUACAGCUGAAGCUCGCUGCAAGCUGGUGAGCUGGCUCAUAGCUGUCUAUAAACACUUCAGCCUCUCCUUUGAAUCCUGUUGCUUGGCCGUGAACAUCAUGGACCGUUUUUUGGUCACCACGUCCGUGGCUGCGGACUGCUUCCAGCUGCUGGGUGUCACAUCCUUAUUAAUCGCCACGAAACAUGUUGAGGUGUAUUCGCCUCGCAUCAAGCAGCUGCUCUCCCUCUGCUGCAACUCAUUCUCCAGAGAGCAGCUCUGCAACCUUGAAUGCCUUAUUCUUGUCAGACUCAACUUUCGCUUGGCUGCACCAACCCUCGCUUUUUUCCUUGACUACUUCAUCAAUUGGGAGUUAUCCUGGCACAGAGUUAGUGAAGAGGAUGCUAAGAUCAUCAGAGUGCAUGAGGGCAAAAAGUGCAAGGGCUGGAAACCCACUGAGGACCAGCUCUCCACCGUGAAGAAGUAUAAAAGCUUUGCCCGCAAGGUCUGUGAGCUGAGCCUGGCAGACUAUGCUUUCAACAAGUAUCAACCCUCCGUGAUUGUGCAGAGUGCAAUAAAUCUGACAAAGGACCUGUUCAGAAGACAGUUGAAACAAUCCUCCCUCGAACACUCUGGCUCCUCAGAGAUCUUAGACUUGCUCAGCAUUGGAGACCACAGGUCAUCAGGCUCGGACACUCAUACUUUAAUUCAACAGUGCACAGAAGAAUUGAAGUUGUUGGUGUCACUCAAUCAAGAAUCAAUUCAGGACUUAAUAGCAUUGGUGUAA